AUGGGACUAUUGUCCCAGCUCUCAUGGAGCUGUGUUCUCCUAUCUACUCUCAUUACCCCGUCUCUUGGAGCAGUCAUCACAACAAGACCUGGUAGUGCUAGCGCGGUUACGGUACCCGAAAUCCCUGGUGCCUGUCGCGCCGUCAUUUCACCCUUUGAUUACUCGGCCAAGAGCCGCCAUGACCAUGAGCUGCCAGUCUGCAGUGCUGACAGCUCGGGUCUUGUUGUUGCUCGCGACAACAAUGGUAGCGUUGACACUGAUGGGCGCGAAAUCGUCCCGGCGUCGCUCGAGACUGGCGUGUCCUUGAUAGGACGCACUGAGCUCUCCUCCCUGUUUGGAAGACAGGUAGUUGGUGGCGAUGACUACACCUGCGGUCCCGACCGUCCUUGCAAGAACAAGGCCUGCUGUCCCAAGGCCACCGGCCAGUGUAACUAUGGCGAGAAAGCCUGCGGCACAUCUGGAGUUUCUCCCAAUGAGGUGUGCUGGUCAAACUGCAAUGCCAAGGCAGAAUGCGGUAAGAAUGCAGCUAUCCCUGGUCAAAAGUGUCCUCUGAACGUCUGCUGUGGCAAGUGGGGUUUCUGCGGAAUGACAAAGGACUUUUGUGAAAAGGAAGACCACGGAGCUACUGGCGGUUGCCAGUCGAACUGUGAUCAGCCAGGUCCCAAGAACAAGGCUUCCGAUCAGCUCAACCGUGUGAUUGGAUACUAUGAGGCAUGGAGACACGACUCCAAAUGUCAGGACAUGGGCUUGGACGACAUCCCCGUCAACUCGCUGACUCAUUUGUAUUUCUCUUUUGCUUUUAUCCAACCCGACUUCCAGAUCGUCGGCAUGGACAACUUGCCUGACAAGCUGUUCACCGACUUCACCAACCUCAAGAAGAAAAAUCCAGCCCUCAAGAUGAUUAUUGCCAUUGGUGGAUGGACGCACAACGAUCCCGGCCCUCUGCAGAAGGUGUUCAGUAACAUGGUUAGUACCAAAGCGAACCGGUCCAAGUUCAUUGGAAACCUCAUGUCGUUCCUCCGCAUGUACGCUUUCGAUGGUGUCGACUUUGACUGGGAGUAUCCCGGUGCGGACGACCGCGGUGGUGUCCCCGAGGACGGUGUAAACUUCACCCAAUUCCUAAAGGAGCUCCAGGAGGAGAACAAGAAGCAACCCGUCAAGUACAUUGUGUCAUACACAGCUCCGACAAGCUUCUGGUAUCUGCGCCACUUUGAUCUCAAGUCGGUUGAGUAUACCGACUUUGUUAACGUCAUGUCAUAUGAUCUUCACGGUGUCUGGGAUCGUGAAAACCCGAUUGGUUCUCAUAUCUACGGUCACACCAACCUGACGGAGAUGAGCCUGGCGUUUGACCUCUUCUGGAGGAACGACGUCCCAGCAAACAAGUUAAACAUGGGUCUUGGUUUCUAUGGUCGCGCUUUUCAGCUGGCGGAUCCGUCGUGUAACAAGCCCGGCUGUCUCUUCAAGGGAGGCGCAACCAAGGGAGCGUGCAGUGGCGAGUCUGGCAUUUUGAGCUACCGCGAGAUCCAAGAGGUCAUCAAGAACAACAAGAUCAAGCCGAUCCACGACAAGGAGGCCGGUGUCAAGUACAUUACAUGGAAUACUGACCAGUGGGUAUCUUUUGAUGACAAGGAGACGUUCAAGCAGAAGAAGGAACUGGCGGCCAAGCUCGGGCUCGGAGGCUACCUGAUCUGGGCCAUAGACCAGGACGACGCUGAGAUGACUGCGCUGGCUGCGGUCCUAGACCCCAAGCCCUUGGGUGACUUCAAAUCGAUCGACAAGGGAGACGAGAACUGGACGGGUACUAAUGACAUGUGCUACGUUACGAAAUGUGGUGUUGAAGACUGCCAGUCGGGCGAGAUCAAGAUUACCGACCAAAAGUGCGGUAAGAAACAGAAGAGCACUCUUUGCUGUCCCUUGUCGGGAGCGCCUGACCCCAAGUCGUGCGCAUGGCGUGGAGGCGGGGCGAUAUGGUGCAACGGCUACUGCAAGGACGACGAAGUCAUGACGCACAUGAGCAAGUACGGCGGCGGCUACGACUGCUCGGAUGGCCAGCUGGCGCAUUGCUGCAAGAGCUCGCUAGGAGAGAAGAAUGUGUGCAAGUGGCGCGGCGUGGGUGAAAAGUGCCACAGUGGUGAACUUCCCCUGACCUUCUCCGGCACCGUCCUCGACAUCCUCGACGAUGUGGCCAAGGUCAUCUUGCGCAUUGUCGGUCGAGUGUACCCGCUGGCGGCGCUUACGGGGCUCGUGUUGCUCGAGGUUCUUGAGGAGCUGGACAUUGACACCAAGAAGCUUUACUGCUGCCCAGAGAAGGAGGUUUCCAAGUGGAAGAACUGCGCGUGGUAUGGAAAACCCGGCAAUUGCUUCGACGGCCACUGUCCGGACAUGAAGACGGUCCAGAUCACCGACUCGUACUUUGGCGGCAGCGACACUUGCGGCGCUCACAUCGACCGUGUGCGCACCUUUUGCUGCGAGUCGGAUGGCGAGCCUCUCUUUCUGCCAGUCGACCUCAAGAACCUGUUUGAGCACCCGCCUGAGGGCGGCUCUGACACCGACUUCAUCUUCAAGACAGACAAGACGUCCGACGACGGCGACGACAACCCCAAUGAGGCGGCCUUUCAGUUCGUCGUACUCGUCUCGCCCGAGGCGCUCCAGAUCUCGCUCGACAAACGCGACGGCUCCAAUUGGGAUGUCUUUGACUGCAACGACUCCAUCUCCGAGGGCGAGCACACGGUGCGUAUGGUCUGUAACGACCACACGCCGAACAGCAAUUGCCACAAGAUUGGCCUCGGCCAUGGUGUCCCGGGCACCAUUCUCCAGAUGCCCAAGGGCUGUGGGCCAGGCAAGUAUGCAGUCGCAAAGAGCAUGACACCGGCCCCAGGAAGUACCAGCGACCAUGUGAAGCUCCUGCCCCGUCAUCUCUCGCACCUCGCCAGUCUCGAACCCGUUGUGUACGAACUGACGUUUGACUACGACUUCCAUCGCGUGCCACGUGACAUGGGCAACACGCAGAUGCGUAUCGAUUACAGUAACCAGGACGACUACUGGAAAAACAUCGUCGCUGGUUCUGCCACCCGGAAGCGAGACGUGCAUGGCCGCAAGAGGCUGGCCAAGCGCACGCUGGAAGACGUCGGUGGGAACCCGGUGCGCUGGCUUGAGGAGGAAUUCCGCGAUGACUUCCACUUUGACAAGAUUGCCCCUCGAGACCUGCAAGAGCGCUGGUUCGGCAAGAGCAUUCUCGACUGGCUGGCUGCCCUCGUCGUGCCCGAGAUCAAGCGCGACUUCACGCACAAGUAUGACGACAGUGUCACGGCAAAGCUAUUUGACGAAUCGUGGAACUGCCCCGGAACGGUAGAUGGCGUCAACUACGACGGCCAUCUGCUCGGCCAGGCUGUACUCGACAUCGAAGUCGAGUCCAGCUUCGGCUUCACCCUUAUCGUUGAGAGUCUUACCCUGCCCCUUAACCUCGAGCAGAGCUACCUGACCUUCUACAACAAGGGCAGGGUUACCGGUGUCGUCACUCUUGAGGCACUCGCCCGCGUGACGUACGAGCAGAAGAAGGUCAUUCUCAAUCUGCCAUUCCCCGGUGCCUCUUUUAAGAUUCCUGGAAUCGCUACCAUAGGUCCCCAGCUCACUGUCGAGGGCAGCGUUGAUGCCUCGCUCGGCAUGGCUGGCUUGAUUGAGACCAAGCUGGAGAUUGCCAAGUGGGAAGUUCGCCAGGUCAUGCCUGACAGCAAUUCCUACAAGCCCCAACUCAUCGACAACAGCAAGCCAAGCUUGGAUCGGACGGGUGACUUUUCGGGAAUCAAAAAGCCCGAAUUCUACGCAGGAGUCACCGCCUCUGGGGAUGUUAACUUGAAGCUAUCAGCCGCUGCCGAGUUUGGCGUUCGCUUUGACCCCAAGUGGAAGAUUGACCCGGCGGCCGCUGCAGUCGUUGGCGAGGUCAGCCUAACAACCAAGUUUGCAACAGGUGUCUCAACCACAGCAACGUGCCCCUUCACCUACGGUCUUGAUAUCGGCGCUCGUUUGUUUGCGAGAGCAACGGCACCCAGGACAUUUGGCUGGGCUGGUGGUGAGGUCAACCUGACAACCCCGUGGGAAAAGACUAUCAUCAAGGGCGGGACUUGUCCCGACCUGGGCCCAAUACCUUCCAAGAGAAGUCUUCAAAAUCGGGGCCACCUCCUCAUUGAAGGCCGCUCCGAAGACGACGAUGUGACCAGGAACAUAUCGAGGUUAGGAGUUGCCGAGCCCGAUGUGGAGUCUAUGCACAGCUAUGGCACCAGUCUGCUCGCGAGGCACAUUUCUGGAGGACACAUGUCGUCCCUGGUCAAGAGAGGUGGUGUCUACGGUCCAGCGCUUACGCUCAAUGCCGGCGAGUAUUUCUGCCCUUCCAAAGACGGUGAAAAGGGCAUCACGUGUCAGGAAGCAUACGCUGGCCUAGCAGCGAGCAAUGAGGGCGGCGUCUGGACAGAUGCCAAGCGCAAGAGGGAAGUGUUGACGCCAACGUCCACCAUUGAUGAAAACGCCAUUGCCGCACAUCUCCAUGCUUAUCAGCAGCGAAGCCACGACCAUGAUUACCACGCAGGAAGCGAGGCACUGCACAUGUUUGACAAGAGAGCCAAGGAAAAGCUUGUCCAGGCCUGUGAUCGGGCAUGCGACAUCUCAGGCGACUUCCCUCCGGGCGGUCAGCUGAAUGGCUUUGAUUGGGGCUGGGUUGAUCCCGAAGACUGCGGCAACUUUAACUUUGGUAGCCCCUUGCAGGCACGCGCUGCCAACGUCCAGUAUCACACGGAGCACAUUCUCGAGGCCCAGAUGAUCGACCUGUUCUUCCAGCACCUUGACAAGAGGAAGUCUAAGCUGCCUGACCCAAAGCCAGGUGCGGCCAAUGGAGCCACUGUUUCCUUCUGUGACUAUGUCAAUGAGCUGUGGGAUGUACCUCCUUUUGUGUGGCCCAACGAGGACACCACUGGCGGCGUAGGCAAGGCUUGGAACCCCAUUAUGCACAUUGCGGCGCAGUAUCCGACAAGGACAUACAAGAAGGACGAGUUUAUCGCCCUCGAGUCUGCCAUCAACACGCCUUCUAAGACGAGCGCGUGGGCGGGCGGAAACCCGUGGAACUUUGCCUCUUGGACCAAUGACAUUGCCAAAUAUGCAGAGGCCAGGGUAAUUCUCCAAAAGCUGCGCAGCACAAUGGGUUCUCGCAUUUACCAAAGCCACUCGACCAUCCAGACAACCAUGAAGACCCAAACGGACCGAAUAGGAAAGAUCCUUGACGCCCUCGACACAACCCUGCUACCCGCCAACCAGCGCGCCGGAUACGCAAAAUGGUCCAAGCAGAACCUCAAGUCUGAAUGGCUCAGCUACAUGAAGGGCCAAUACACCAGGAUGCAGUCCAAGACCGAAGGUCUCGUCAACAGUUUCCUUCCCAAGAUGAAAGCUGCAUGGGUCACACAAGCAGAAAAGGCCAAGUGGCAAGACGGUCCGAACACUUCGCCCGCCCAGCAGAUAGUGAAUAAGGAACAUCGCGAUUUUAUAAAGUCGAUUGAAGACUUUGAGACGAAGUGGAACGGUCUACCCCAGUGGAACAACCCGCUGUAA